AAACGUCUCUAGAACUUGGCCUAACACUCAUCUUUCUCCCUUCUUCUACUCUCUCCAAACACUAAAAACCAUGAGACUUAUCAUCCGUGAAGACUAUGACGAGGUCUCCAGCUAUGUUGCCAACUACGUCAAGGAGCGUAUCAACCAAUUCCAGCCCUCUGCUGAACGUCCCUUUGUGUUGGGUCUUCCCACUGGCUCUUCUCCUAUCGGUACUUACAAGAAGCUAGUUGAACUGUACAAGGCUGGCGAGCUUAGCUUUGGCCAUGUCGUCACUUUCAACAUGGAUGAAUAUGUUGGUUUGCCCAGAGACCAUCCUGAAUCGUAUCACUCCUUCAUGUGGAACCACCUUUUCAAGCAUGUUGAUAUCAAGCCUGAAAAUGUCCAUAUCUUGGACGGAAACGCUCCUGAUCUCGACGAAGAGUGCAAGAAGUUCGAGGCCGAGAUUGCUCGUGUGGGUGGUAUUGAACUCUUCUUGGGUGGUAUUGGUCCCGAUGGCCAUAUUGCUUUCAACGAACCCGGUUCUUCCCUUACUUCCCGAACCAGAGUCAAGACCCUUGCCUACGAAACCAUCAUUGCCAACGCCCGUUUCUUCGAUGGCGAUGUCAGCAAGGUUCCCAAGCUUGCCUUGACUGUCGGUGUUGCCACUGUCAUGGAUGCCCGUGAGGUUUGCAUCACCAUCACUGGUGCCCACAAGUCUAUUGCUCUUGCAAAGUGUAUUGAGGAAGGUGUCAACCAUAUGUGGACUGUGUCUGCUAUUCAAAUGCACCCCAAGGGCUUGGUUGUCUGCGAUGAAGAUGCCACCCUUGAACUUCAUGUUAAGACUGUCAAGUACUUCAAGUCUAUUGAACAUGUCCACCACUCCUUGAUCGGUGCUGAGAACUUGUCACUUCAAGGUGGUGUUAAGCAGCUUCGUGUCCCUGCUCCCAACACAGCUCGUCCUGCUACCCCAUUGAACGGUCCUUAUGAAUAAGCUCCCCACCCGCCCCAACAUUAUAUUACUUUUUCCCUUCAUUUGUCUUAGUUUUCCAUUUCUAUAGUUCUACAUUUUCCUCAGGAUUCUUUCUAAAACAUACACUCAUCAUACGCACUCGGUAGAACUCGCAGUGUCUACUGACCCUUUGUAAUUCUGGCACGUUAUACAUAAAGCAGCUGAUUUAAAGAUAAGCUAUGGGCCGUGAU